GACUUGGCUGCAGAAUGGUGACUGAAUUGGUAGCGUGCAGGCAAACAUGGCGCUGCGCGGUGAAAAUGUGACUCACAGGGCUGGCGCAUUUAAACAGCAAAACAAAACUCAUAAACACGGGCGACACAAGAGCAACAGGUCGCUCGAGUCGGUAAAUAAGGGGAAGGUUAACAUUAAGGCCUUCACCACAAAAAAGCAGCACCUGUUAAAGAAGAUGGAACGACGAAAUCAGUUACAACAAUUGAGGAAAUUGAAGCGAGAGGAAGCCACCGAAAGGAAGCGAUCCCUCGGAGGGUUUGGAGCACCUCCGUUUCUCACAGCGGUUGUUUCUGUGAGUGCCACAGAGGACCCCCUCAAGUUUCUCGAGGUUCUGAAGGGCUGUGACGACAGUGCCAUUGUCACUCACAGCAGUCAAGGCUAUUGCCACAUCAGCUUGCCUCGAUUCAAGAAGCGGUAUUCCUUUGUGCUACCUCAACAGGGAGACAUCUACUCAAUCCUCGAUGCCACAAAGGUCGCUGACACAGUGGUGUUACUGUACUCACUGGACAGCGGCUUUGACGAUGUUGGUGACACCAUUUUGUCGGUGUUGUUUGCCCAGGGUUUGCCAUCACCUAUUCAUGUGAUUCAGGGUCUUGAGGCCAUUGCAGUGAAGCAGCGGUCAGAGGCCAAGAAGCAAAUAACAAAAAUUCUGGAAUCUAGAUUUCCGGGAGAUAAGAUACACUCUGUCGACAAAAAGGAAGAUGCCAUCCUGCUGCUGAGGCAGAUUGCAAAUCAGAAGAGGCGCCCAGUUUCUUACAGAGAUGCUCGUCCACACCUGCUGGCCGAAAGCUUAGAGUUCUGCCACAGAGAUGAUCAGAAUCUGCUGGGGACUCUGAAGGUGUCUGGCUACCUGAGGGGACAGCAGCUCAGCGUCAACUCUCUAGUCCACAUUCCCGGCCACGGGGAUUUCCAGAUGGUGCAGAUUGACGCGCCCGACGACCCACAUCCCCUAGUGCUGAAGACCCGGGAUAGUUCUAAUUCUGUGGAAAUGGCAGAGCAGUCGCCUAAGGUGCUGGAAAAAGCGGACCCCCUCAAGCAAGAGUCCCUGCAGUCCGAGAACAUUCCGGACUCCAUGGACGCCGAGCAAACCUGGCCUACCGCCGAGGAAUUGGCACAAGCCGAAGGUCCCCAGGGUACUCCCAAGAAGAAGGUGGUGAAGAAAGUUCCCAAGGGCACUUCUGAAUACCAGGCCUGUUGGAUCCUCGACGACGACGAAGGGAAUUCCGAUAACGAGGAAUCGGAGGACAGCGGGGAGGAGGGAGAGGGCUUUGAGGCCAUGAGCGAGGAAGGAGACUCCGACGCAGACAACGCCACGAUAGCAGACGACACGGAAUCCGUCAGCGUGUCGGUUGCUGGAGCAAACAAAGAAGCAUACGACGACACACUCGACCUGGAAGAAGAGAAGGCAACCCUGGUGAAGUUCAGAGAGGAGCGUAUGGAUCAGAUGUUCCCCGACGAAGUGGACACGCCCCUCGAUGGGCCGGCGCGGACGCGAUUUGCCCGGUACCGGGGCCUAAAGAGCUUCCACUCAUCCCCCUGGGACCCCAAGGAAAACUUGCCCUUUGACUACGCCAGGGUCUUUCAGUUCGAGAACUUUUCAAGGACUAAAAAGAGGGUCAUGGCAGAAGAGAGGGACGGGGCCAUGCCUGGCUGGUACAUCACCCUGCACCUUGCUAACGUCCCCAGGAGUGUCUACGAGGCAUUCCGGAAGAGGGGAGGGGAGCCUUUGGUCCUGUUCGGCCUGCUGCCCUACGAACAAAAGAUGUCGGUGCUGCAUGUGGCUGUGAAGAGGCACCCUGGCUUCACGGAACCCAUCAAGUCAAAGGAGCGACUGGUAUUCCACGUCGGAUUCAGGCGCUUUGCCGCCUGCCCGAUCUUUUCGGCUCAUACCAACGGAGACAAGCACAAGUAUGAAAGGUUCCUGAGAAGCGACACGGUGUCUGUGGCAACAAUGUUUGCUCCAAUUAUGUUCCCUCCAGUGUCAGCAGUGGUGUUCAAGGAAGCCCCAGGAGGUGAGCACCAGCUGGUUGGCUCCGGUGCCGUGCUGGGUGCCAACCCGGACAGGGUGGUGGUGAAGAGGGCCGUGCUCAGCGGCCACCCCUUCAAGAUCAACCGCAAGUCUGCUGUGGUCCGCUACAUGUUCUUCAACAGGGACGACAUUCUGUGGUUCAAGCCUGUGGAACUCAAGACCAAGUAUGGUAGGAGAGGGCACAUCAAGGAACCACUCGGAACCCACGGCCACAUGAAGUGCGUAUUCAACGGCCAGCUCAAGUCUCAAGACACGGUGCUGAUGCACCUGUACAAGCGCGUGUUCCCCAAGUGGACGUACGACCCAGAUGUGCCCAGACCAGAGCCCCAUUACCAAAGCCACGAGACCGCAGGGAGCAAGGCUUGCGAACUGAUGGAGUGAAAACACUCAACACUGUAAAGCCCCUGAAACUGUUUAAGAUGUGAAGUAUGUGAAACAAUUAUUUGAUGCCAAUGUGACGUUUUAUUGAGUGGCAAUAAAUUUAAAGUGACAUAACAAACUCCA